AUGGAGCCCGUUCCCGAGACUGAGAGAAUGGAGGAGUUCCGAUCCUCACCACUUCCCUCACUCCGUAUACAGAACCCGACAUUACUCCCUCCUGCCGUUGCCGAGCCUGAACCUUUGCGAAAGCCCCCGACUCUCCGCCGCCAGACUGAUCCCAGUCCUACUUCUCCGACUACGCCAUCUUGGACCUUUACCCCUCUGCCCUACCGACCACGUACUACCUCGCCCUUGUCCGGUCACCACACGAGAUCUAGGUCAGCAGCGAGUUUGGCCCCUCCCAUGUCUCGCACCCAGUCUAUGCCUGGCGUCAAUGGCGCCGGUCACAUCCUAUUCUCCCCUCAACUCCGCCCCGCCAGUCCGUCUGGAUCGCCCGCCCGCGUGCGAACACCACGGAAGCCUGUCGACGAGGCAUUCCCGACUUCACCUAUCCGCGCCUCCGCCUUAGAUCCCGAUCGACAGACUGCAGAGCGAUACAGUUCUCCAAACCUCAUUGGAACGACGCCCUCUAUGGUCCUGCCCCGACAUCGCCGCCCUUCCUCACCACUGCGGAACCCUGGUACUGCCAACACUCCCUCGUUCGCAAUGCCUACCACGCCUACAUAUACAUCGGCGUCGUCUUCGCCAUCUCUACGAGGAUACGACUCUCUCUCACAUGGCUACGGAGUCUCUCCUUCGUUUCCUUCCUCGUCAGUUCCGUCGACUCCGACAUCUACAAGAUCGAGAAGCCCAAGCAUUUCUAGUCUGGAAACUAUACCAGAUUCGCCUGAUGCGGAGGAGGCAGCUAUGGAGGCAGAGAGGAUUGCCCAAUUGAAGGCUGCCGCAGACGCCGCAGAAAAUGGCGAUGCUACUGAGGUGAAGGGCAAGAGCGGUCUAGACGCGCCCUUACGUGGCAGAACUUUAGGAGGGUUUGGAUCGAGAGACAAGCGAAAGCGCUGGAGUGUGUGUGGCGCUGAACGACGACAAGAUCUCGACUUGGAGACGAUUUGGGAAGACUGA